AUGGAGCACAGCCACAUCGUGCCGCCGCUGCCGUCCAACGGGAGCUCCAGGGAAGGCUUUCGGCGUGCCCGCGGCGAUGCCCAGGAUGCCAUGGCAUUGCCCCUCUGCAGCCUUUGCCCCUCUGUGCGGGAGCACGUGUUGGUGUUGGCUCACUGCGUGUCUCUGUCGCCCCCUAGUGUGCGGGAGCACGUGUUGGUGUGGGCUCACUGCGUGGCGGUCUAUCUGCUGCCCUGCUCCGUCUUCCUGUCGCUCAACGCCGCCAUCGUGCUCAAGCUCCGGCGCCGCAGCUGCUUCCGUCUCCGCGGCUACUCCACGGGCAAGACCACGGCCAUCCUGCUGGCCAUCACGUCAGUGUUCGCCGUGCUCUGGGCGCCGCGCACCGCCAUCAUCCUCUACCACCUGUACGCGGGUCCGGCAGCGCUGACCUCCGACCCCGCGCGCGUGCGCACGCUGCACCUGCUCUCGGACCUGGCCAACAUGCUGGCGCUGCUGAACACGGCGGUCAACUUCUUCCUCUACUGCUUCAUCAGCCGUCGCUUCCGCCGCAUGGCGGCCGGCGUGCUGCGCAGCACCUGUGGUUGCCGCGGGCGACGCCCGCCCCCCGCGCCCGUCUUCGCCGCCCACAGCAGCGUCUCCAUGACGAGCAGCCCCUGGGUCUCGCCCGCCAGUUCACACUGCAUCCGCAUGCUGGUGCACCCGCCCGAGCGCCACAACACACACUCCGCGCGCCUCUCCAGCUAAACACACACACAGCAGGGUGUGUUCAUGCUCCUUUAGGGUUUAAACCCAUGUUUCUAGACUGAGGUCAGGGUUAUGUGAUCCAUGUCAAUCAACUGAGGUACUGCAGCGAUCAAUAAUCAAGUGAUCAAGUAUUAAUGGCGCAGCAGGAAUCAAUAAUCAAGUGAUCAGUAUUAAUGUAGCUGUGGGGAUCAAUAAUUAAGUGAUCAAUAUUAAUGGCGAUGUGGGGAUCAAUAAUCAAGUGAUCAGUAUUAAUGUGGGAAUCAAUAAUCAAGUGAUCAAUAUUAAUGGCGAUGUGGGGAUCAAUAAUCAAGUGAUCAAUAUUAAUGGUGCUGUGGGAAUCAAUAAUCAAGUGAUCAGUAUUAAUGUGGGAAUCAAUAAUCAAGUGAUCAAUAUUAAUGGCGAUGUGGGGAUCAAUAAUCAAGUGAUCAGUAUUAAUGUGGGAAUCAAUAAUCAAGUGAUCAAUAUUAAUGGCGCUGUGGGAAUUAAUAAUCAAGUGAUCAAUAUUAAUGUGGGAAUCAAUAAUCAAGUGAUCAAUAUUAAUGGCGCUGUGGGAAUCAAUAAUCAAGUGAUCAAUAUUAAUGUGGGAAUCAAUAAUCAAGUGAUCAAUAUUAAUGGCGCUGUGGGAAUUAAUAAUCAAGUGAUCAAUAUUAAUGGCGCUGUGGGAAUUAAUAUUAAUGUGGGAAUCAAUAAAGCUGCAUUCAGCUGUAGAGUUUCAUACAGACAGUCGACAUGGAGAUGAGGAGAAGUAGAAGGCCAUAGUGGGGGAGGACUUUCUGUGAGAACGCAGGGCUGGGAUUGGCUCAGAGGGGGCCCAUGUGACAGCCACCCCUUAAUUGGAGGAGAGCUCAUUAAUACAAAUAUAUUAUACAAAUAAAGCUCCUCCCUUAAAGAAGGUGUAGAGUUGGUUCUCUGUAUUGUGUUUAUUCAUUAAAGAUGCUCUAAGCGAUGCCACGCGUUUUUUAGACUAAAACAUUUUAUGCCACUUACUGCAAACAUCACCUAACCAACCGCUAGCUGUCUGUGUCCUGAAU